UUGUGUAAUCUGAAUUUAGUCUGUUUGGUCACAGAGCUGAGAGGACAGUCAAACAGAAAUGGAGGCAUUGUUCCAGGUGCUUGGGCUGGAGUGGCUAGAUUAUAGGAGCCUUUUGAUAUUUUUAUUUCUUUUUGCCCUUUUUGCAGAUAUUUUUAAAUAUCGGCGGCCUGAAGACUACCCUCCUGGACCAUGGCCAAUUCCAUUUGUUGGUGACAUAGCCCGCAUUAAACCAACAACGAUUCACCUUGAUUUUGCACAGUUUGCAAAGAAGUAUGGGAACAUCUUCAGCGUCCGUUUGUUUGGGGGGCGAAUGGUUGUCAUAAACGGAUACAAACUUGUGAAAGAGGCUCUGGCGGUCAGAGGAGAUGACUAUGUCGACCGGCCCACUCUUCCCAUUUUUGAAGACUUGAUUGGGAAUGGAGGUCUUGUGGCGUCCAAUGGCUACUUAUGGAAGCAGCAGAGACGGUUUGCUCUUCACACUCUCAGAAACUUUGGUCUGGGCAAGAAGUCACUGGAACCUGCCAUUCAACAAGAGUGCCAGUAUCUGGCAGAGGCUUUAGCACAACAGAAAGAUGAACCCUUUAACCCUUGCAUAUUUUUAAACAAGGCUGUGUCAAAUAUCAUUUGCUCUUUGGUGUUUGGUGAACGCCUGGAGUACAACAACAAGCAGCAUCAGAAGAUUUUGAUGGAUUUCAAAGAGCUUGUGGAAGCAGAGGGCAGUGUGUGGUUCCAGAUCUACAAUCUCGCCCCAUGGCUGGUGAAGUGGAUCCCAGGACCUCACCGAAAGAUUUUCAAUCUGACUCAAAACAUAAUCAACUACGUUCAAGCCAAGGUUGACAACCACAAAGAAACCCACGAUCCAUCUGACCCACGAGACUAUAUUGAUUGCUUCCUCUCAGAAAUAGCUGAGAAAGAAGACAAAGAGGCUGGGUUUGAUCUGAAAAAUUUAUGCAUUUCUGCCAUGGAUUUGUUUAUUGCUGGUACAGAGACCACCACAACAACACUGAGCUGGGCAUUGCUGUUUAUGAUUUACUACCCCCACAUCCAAGAGAAGGUCCAGGCUGAGAUCGAUGCUGUGGUGGGGUUGUCUCGCCUGCCCUCGAUGCAGGACAGAGAUGACAUGCACUAUACCAAUGCAGUGAUCCAUGAGGUGCAGAGGAUGGGGAACAUAAUUCCCCUCAAUGUGGUGCACAUGACCACCAAAGACACCACUCUGGAGAAUUACACCAUACCCAAGGGGGUGAUGGUUGUUGGUAACCUAGACUCUGUGCUGCAUGAUACAACAAUGUGGGAAUCUCCUCACACCUUCAACCCUGGGCACUUCCUGGAAGAAGAUGGGACAUUUAGGAAGAGAGAGGCUUUCAUCCCCUUUUCUAUUGGUAAGCGUGUGUGCCUGGGUGAACAGCUGGCUCGAAUGGAGUUGUUUUUGUUCUUCUCGGGGCUCCUACAGCGCUUCACCUUCUCUGCACCUAAGGGAGAGCAGCUCACUCUGGAGGGGGACAUGAGCUUUGUGCGUGCUCCAAAGCCCUACCGCCUGUGUGCUAAACUGAGAGGUCCCACCCUGGAGCCAGUCCUGGGGUGGGUGCUCAACAGCAAGUGGCCUUUCCCCACGGGGUCCGGCCAGGCUCAGCCCAAAGGAGCAACAUGGGGCAGUUCUUCCGUGGACUCACCACCUGCGGGAGGAUCCAUGGAAGGCUGUCAAACAGAGAUGGAGGCAUUCUUCCAGGUGCUUGGACUGGAGUGGCUAGAUUAUAGGAGCCUUUUGAUAUUUUUAUUUCUUUUUGCCCUUUUUACCGAUAUUUUUAAAUAUUGGCGGCCUGAAGACUACCCUCCUGGACCAUGGCCAAUUCCAUUUAUUGGUGACAUAGCCCGCAUUAAACAAUCGACGAUUCACCUUGAUUUUGCACAGUUUGCAAAGAAGUAUGGGAACAUCUUCAGCAUCCGUUUGUUUGGGGGACGAAUGGUUGUCAUAAAUGGAUACAAACUUGUGAAAGAGGCUCUGGCGGUCAGAGGAGAUGACUAUGUCGACCGGCCCUCCAUACCUCUUUUUGAAGACCUGAUUGGGAAUGCAGGUCUUGUGUUAUCCAAUGGCUACUUAUGGAAGCAGCAGAGACGGUUUGCUCUUCACACUCUCAGAAACUUUGGUCUGGGCAAGAAGUCACUGGAACCUGCCAUUCAACAAGAGUGCCAGUAUCUGGCAGAGGCUUUAGCACAACAGAAAGAUGAACCCUUUAACCCUUGCAUAUUUUUAAACAAGGCUGUGUCAAAUAUCAUUUGCUCUUUGGUGUUUGGUGAACGCCUGGAGUACAACAACAAGCAGCAUCAGAAGAUUUUGAUUGAUUUCAAAGAGCUUGUGGAAGUAGAGGGCAGUGUGUGGGUCCAGAUCUACAAUCUCGCCCCAUGGCUGAUGAAGUGGGUCCCUGGACCUCACCAAAAAGCUUUCACUCUGACUCAAAACAUGAUCGACUACGUUCAAGCCAAGAUUGACAACCACAAAGAAACCCACGAUCCAUCCGACCCACGAGACUAUAUUGAUUGCUUCCUCUCAGAAAUAGCUGAGAAAGAAGACAAAGAGGCUGGGUUUGAUCUGAAAAAUUUAUGCAUUUCUGCCAUGGAUUUGUUUGGUGCUGGCACAGAGACCACCACAACAACACUGAGCUGGGCAUUGCUGUUUAUGAUUUACUACCCCCACAUCCAAGAGAAGGUCCAGGCUGAGAUCGAUGCUGUGGUGGGGUUGUCUCGCCUGCCCUCGAUGCAGGACAGAGAUGACAUGCACUAUACCAAUGCAGUGAUCCAUGAGGUGCAGAGGAUGGGGAACAUAAUUCCCCUCAAUGUGGUGCACAUGACCACCAAAGACACCACUCUGGAGAAUUACACCAUACCCAAGGGUGUGAUGGUUGCUGGUAACCUAGACUCUGUGCUGCAUGAUACAACAAUGUGGGAAUCUCCUCACACCUUCAACCCUGGGCACUUCCUGGAAGAAGAUGGGAAAUUUAGGAAGAGAGAGGCUUUCAUCCCCUUUUCUAUCGGUAAGCGUGUGUGCCUGGGUGAACAGCUGGCUCGAAUGGAGUUGUUCUUGUUCUUCUCGGGGCUCCUACAGCGAUUCACCUUCUCUGCACCUGAGGGAGAGCAGCUCACUCUGGAGGGGGACAUGAGCUUUUUGCGUGCUCCAAAGCCCUACCGCCUGUGUGCUAAACUGAGAUAAUCUGCGCCUAAAUCACCACCAUGCACAGGCAUUUUACCCAAUCAAAGUACUGGAUUUAAUCAGGACUUAAAGUGAACUAAACAAAUCUGACUCGGAGCUGAACAAAACCAUGAAUAAUCUUGGAGUAGGCCAAUCUGACUAAGGACAAAUUUAGGUUGGAACGAUUAGGCCUGUCACAAUGAAACAUUUGAAGUUUGAUAUAUUUCUACAGAAAA